AAUUGCGUCCAGAACAUCUUGAACUGAGCCACCUCUUUCAACUUCCGCCGGGCGCCAUCUUGUUUGCUGGGUAACCAUAGCAACCCCACAUUCCGCUCUCCUCGCGCCGGGCGCCAUCUUGUUUCCUGCGUAGCCAUAGCAACGCCGCUGAGCGCCGCCAUUUUGCUUCCUCCUGUCUCCUUGGCGACGACGGGUCUUCCCUCUUCCCUCAGAAACAUGUCUUCUAGGCCGCGCUCGUCCUUGGAAGAGCUGGACUUGACGGGCGAGGAGGCGUCGCGGCUGGCGCAGGCCUUCCAGGACGAGGAGUUCAAGCGGCUAUUUGCGGAGUACGCGGCGGAGCUGUCGGACCCGGCCCAGCGCGCCAUUUACGAGGCCGAGGUGUGCGCCUUGGAGCGGGAGCGCGGCGUGGAGGCCCGCUUCCUCCGCCCGGAGCCCGGCUGGGCCUUGAGGACGAGCCAGGGGGGGUCCCGCAGGUGCUACCUCAACAUCUGCAGCAACGAGUUGGUGGGGAGGCCCGAGGCGGAGGCAGGCCGCGGGGGAGUCACGUGGCGGCUGCCGCACUGCCUGUCUCCCGGGAGGGAGGAGCUCAGCCGGGGGAAGGCCCACCAAAGGGAGCCCCGCCGGAGUUGGGUUUACGACGUGCUCUUCCACCCGGAGGCCCUCCGCCUUGCCCAGAGGGAGCCCCGAUUCCGGGAACUCCUCCACCAGACCGCCCUCGAGGCCGUGGAGAAGCACUACGCGCCACAAGGCCUCGACAAGGCCAACGCCACUGUCCUCCGCGGAGUCAAGUACAAGGGAGUCCCACAGGCAUCGCUGCUUCGAACGCCCCUGCCUCAGAAAGACGGAGAAGGGGAACGAGGAGAUGGAGAAGGACCCUCUUCCCCUCUCCCGCCCUUCCCCACGCCUUACGCCUACCCCCCUCCGCCCCCAGAAGCGGAAACCGACCUCACCCCGCCUCCAAUGGGGUCCCCAUCCGCCACCACCCCUCGCUGGACCCUCCGCCACCGCUCCUUCCUGGACCUCCAGGACUUCCGCCCGGAUUCCACGCCCAGCACCGUCCCCCGCGAGCUGGAGCUCUCCGUCGAGCUGCCUCUCCUCCGCUCCGCCGCCCAGGCCCGGCUGGAAGUGCGAGGGAGGCUCCUGGAGCUCGACUCGCCCAAGCCGGCGGCCUACCGCCUCCGCCUGACGCUGCCCUACGCCGUGGACGAGGCCGCGGGAAAGGCCACCUUCGACAAGGCCAAGCGGAGGCUGCUCGUCACGCUGCCCGUCCUCCCGCCGCCCGCCAGGCCCUUCCCCGAGGAAGAGGAGGACACUUCCGGUCAGCUGGAGCCUCUUCCGGACGCCGAAGUGACAACACCCGGUCCCCCUCCACUCCCCGAGGAGUUGAUGCCUCUUCCGGACGCCGAAGUGGCUGAAUCCGUUCCUCCUCGUGCUCAAAAACCAAAACAUCCGGUUGAUGCGCAGGAAGAGGCGGGAUCUCCACAACCGGGCGCUGAAGCCAUAGAUGGGAGUCCUAUGUCGUCACUUCCGGUCGGGCAAAAACAGUCCAACUCUGCCUCUGAAGCUACAAAGGAAGUGACGAAUCACUCCGAACUUCCAUCUCCAGCCAACAGCGUCGGAUACACAGCCCUCUGUGCUUCUGAAGUUGCUGAAACCGUGAUUUCUCCGUCACUUCCGGUGCCUUCCAGCCACGUGGACCUUUGUUUAUAUGAAGAGGGAUUGGGUUGUUCGUCACUUCCGGCGCCUUCCAGCCACGUGGAUCAGUGUGUAUCUGAAGUCAGUGAAACUGUGAGUUCUCCCUCACUUCCCGCCCCUGCCAGCCACGUGGAUCUGUUUGUUUCUGAAGCCCCGAGUUCUCCCUCACUUCCGGCCCCUCUCAUUCCUUCCAACCACGUGGAUCUGUGUGUUUCUGAAGCCAGUGAGGCAGUGGGUCUUUUAUCACUUCCGGUGCCUUCCAGCCACGUGGAUCUGCCUGUUUCUGAAGUCAGUGAAGCUGUGAUUACUCCGUCACUUCCGGACCCAGUCACGCCUUCCAGACACGUGGAUCUUUGGGUUUCUGGAGCUAGUGAAGCAGGGGGUCUUUCCUCUCUUCGGGGACCUGUCAGCUACCUGGAUCAGUGUGUAUCUGAAGUCAGUGAAACCUUGAGUUCUCCCUCACUUCCGGCCCCUGUCAGCCACGUGGAUCUGUCUGUUUCUGAAAUCAGUGAACCCCUGAAUUCUCCCUCACUUCUGGCACCUGUCACUCCUGUCAGUCACGUGGAUCUGUGUCUGUCUGAAGACAGUGAGGCUGUGGGUCUUUCCUCACUUCCGUCCCCCGUCAGCCACAUAGAUCUGUGUGUUUCUAAUGUCAGUGAAGCCCUCAGUUCUCUAUCACUUCCGGCCACUGUCAGCCACAUAAAUCUGUGUGUUUCUAAUGUCAGUGAAGCCCUGAGUUCUCCGGAACCUGUCACGCCUUCCAGCCACGUGGAUCUUUGUGUCUCUAAAGUCAAAGAGGCUGUGGGUUUUUCGUCACUUCCAGCACCUGUCAGUCAUGUGGAUCUGUGUGUCUCUGAAGCCAGUGAAGCCGUGAGUUUUCCGUCCCUUCCGCUGUCUUCCAGCGUCCGCCACGUGGGGCUAAGUGCUUCUCAAGCAGGGAGUCCUUCACUUCCGGCACCUGUCACUCCUGUCAGCCACCUGGGUCUGUGUGACUUGCCAGAAGAGUCUGAAGUCGUAGCAGAAGUGUCUCCUCCUUCACUUCCUGCUCCUCAUGCCAACCACCCCACCACCAGCCCUUCUGUUCCGCCGUGUCCCCCUUUCAGCUGCACCCAGGAUGAACAGACCGUGACCGUCCUCUUGCAAGUGUCCAGCGUGGACCCGCAAAGUCUCCAGGGGGAAGGGGGCGCCCACCAUUACAGGGUCAGUUUCCGCAGCCAGGACUUGGCUUCCUACAGCAUCCUCUGGCAGUUCUUUCCAGAAAACACAUUGGCUCCUCACGAGGCGGAGAUCAGCGUCUCCCCCAAUAAUGUCGUCAUUGUCCUGGCCAAAUCUCCGGAGACCUGCGGGCUUUGGACUAAGCUCCAUUUCGGCCCAAAUGCAGACACCUUACAGGAACGGUGGUUUGUCACUGAAAACAAUGUGGAUGAGUUCCUGAGCAGCCUGCCCUCCCCCUCCAGCACCGUCCCGAAGGAAGAGCCGCCACUGAUUGAAGUGUUGGAUAUUUCUGAAGACAAAAGUCAGAUCAGAUUAAAGGCCAAGGGACCCAGGGCAGAAAGCGGCGAAGGAGGCAAUGGCUGCAAACUUCCACCCGAUGCAGAAAAGGGCCUCGUAGAAUCUCAGAGGGCUUCUGGCUCGCUUUCAACCUUUGCAACAACGGGGCAAGUUGGCAAGGAACCCAGCCAUGACCCCAGUCCAUCAGCAAUUCCUCAUGAGUCAGAACGUGCUUCCCUGAUGAGCAAAAGAGCCCUGUCCGCACCACAAUCCCAGCCCAGUUCAGAGAGACCGGCCCAGGCAGGAGGGGAGGAGGAAGAAAGGCGCCCAAAAGCUGCGGAAGACAAACACAGGGGAGAAGACAGCCUGCCACCCGCCGUGAUCAAGGAGACCAACAUGCAGGACGGGAGUGUGCAGUACAUCAGCCAACAUGCCACACACUGCCCCAUCACCUUCCAGAAUGCAUUGUUGUACGAACUGGAUUGAUUUUGGAUUGUUGUAGGUUUUUUCGGGCUAUAUGGCCAUGGUCUAGAGGCAUUCUUUCCUGACGUUUUGCCUGCAUCUAUGGCAAGCAUCCUCAGAGGUAGUGAGGUCAGUUGAGGUGGUUCAGUUCAUCACACCUGGCUCCAGCAGACAAGAGUCCUUUGUCCCACCCUGGUCAUUCCACAGGUAUAUAAACCCUUUUUCUUAGUUCCAACAGACCUCGCUACCUCUGAGGAUGCUUGCCAUAGAUGCAGGCGAAGCGUCAGGAGAGAAUGCCUCUAGAACAUGGCCAUAUAGCCCAAAAAAAAACCCUACAACAACCCAAUGAUUCCGGCCACGAAAGCCUUCGACAAUGGAUUGAUUUUGCCCUGCUAAGCUUUGGCAGGGACCCAAUCCCCAGUCUCCCAUUCACAUGUAAUUCUGUUCCAAGGAUUUAGAGAAUCUC